GUGCAAACACCGGAUCAGGAAGUACAGAAAGAGGGGUUUAUAUUCAUACAUACAUGUAAUAAUCUAGGGUUUAGCUAGGGGUUGAGAGAUGGCUCAUACAAUCGCUGCAUUUCGUCGCAUUCUCGCCUCUUCUUCCUCUACAAUCGUUUCAUCUCCUCACUCGUCUCUAUUUGCUCGUUUCAAUUCAACUCUCACUUCGCCUAAGCUAUUCAUCAGCGGACUCUCAAGGUUAACUACAGAUGAAAAGCUUAAAGAAGCAUUUGCACCCUUUGGGAGCCUCGUUGAGGCAAAGGUCAUUGUAGAUAGAGCAUGUGGAAGAUCAAAGGGUUUUGGUUUUGUUACAUAUAAUACUAUAGAAGAAGCUGAGAAGGCUCGUGAAGGAAUGAAUGCAAAGUUUCUGGAUGGUUGGGUUAUUUUUGUAGAUCCUGCUAAACCAAGGGAGUAUAAACCACCUCAACAAGAGCAGCAGCCUUCAAACACUGGUGGCUAUACAACAAACAAGACCAUCGGCUGGUGCGGCUAAAUCCAGAUGAAUUAUAUCUAAUCCAAUUGCAGUAGGAGUGUCUGAAAUAGGAGGAUUUGGCUGGAAGCUCUGUUCCAGUUGAUUAGAGUACUAUACUUUUGGAAACAGUCUUUAAUUUUUUAUUACACACUGCCAUAUUAUAUGAUUUAGUGUACUAUCCAAUUGUUUUGUGGCAAAAAACAGAAAUCAGCUACCUGCUAAGGAGUAUGUGACAAUGUGAGCCCAAGGAAUCCUAGAGUUGUGUGUUUUCAUUCAUCAAAUAAUAAACUGUGCAAGUCUAUUGGAUA